CAUUCUGCUAUGAUCCUACUCUACGAUCUGGAUCGUGAUUUUAAUAUGCAUCACAUGUUAUCCAGUUCACCGAACUCUAAAUCAUCCCCCAAAGCUCCACAAACUUGAUCUCCUCUCCCAUGUGGCUCUGACCUAGUCAGGUGACGAUACCAUGAGUCUUCAAUUGCUUAUCUGACAAAUGAUUUUGUCUUUUCCUGCAUUGCAGGUUUUGGAUCGUGGGGAGAAAAUUGAACUCCUGGUGGAUAAAACAGAAAACCUCCAGUUCCAGGCUGACAGCUUCCAGAGGCAGGGAAGGCAACUACGACGGAAGAUGUGGCUGCAGAAUCUCCAAAUGAAGCUGAUGGUAGGAGGAACGGUCGUUGCCCUAAUUGUCAUACUGUGGCUAAUAGCUUGCAAAGGUUUCAGAUGUUGAUGGGAUAAAUAAAACUAGUUUUAGUUGUUCUCUCAGUGUACAAAAAAUUUACGUGGUCCUGUAUAUGAAGUUUGUUGCUGGAAUGUGGAAUCUUUUUACCUGUUAUACCCCGUGAUCGGUUCUUGGUCACAAUAAUUUGCAGGAUAUAAUCUGAGAUGAACGUGCUGUAUGUUAUUUGUUUAUUUUUGAGUUGUAUUGGUAGCCUUUGAAAUCUAUCUACAGUACUGUAGUCAUGUUGUUCUGUAGAUUGUUGAAAUCACUACUAAAAAUCUAUCAGGGAAACGAUCAGUGUAUCUAAUUUGAAUAUUUGAAGUUG